AUACCACGACGAAAUUGCGAACGAAGGUGGCGACUUACAAUUGGUUCAAGAAAUGAGUGGCAAUUUAUCGGCACACUCUCAUUCGUCGCGGGAUCAAAGGACCAAUCAGAAACGAAGAAAAUCCAAGAAAAACAAAAGGCACCAAUCAAAACGUUCCAGAACCAAUUCCCCGGACAGUGUUAAAAAUAGACCACCGCGGUUGAAUGCAAGACAGCUGGCAAUACAACGCAAGAACCCGUUUGCGUCGCAAAAUCGAUUCGACCAAUUAGAUGCGCGAGAAUCGCGGGCUGGAGCCAAUCAGAUCGCAAAGAAUGACGCGGACAGUGACAUAUCUGUGACGGACUACUUGUCUGUGCUCAAGCGCAAGGAGGCUGAGCUGUACAGUGCAGAGACAAUGUAUGUGCGUGUGCACGGCCGUUGGUAUAGACUGUGCCGUUGUAGAGUUUAA